AUGGCCCUUAUAUUCAGUGAAUUUAAAAGGACGUGCCAAAAUUAUUUAAAAAAAUUAACUCCAAUUACUUUCCAUUUUUAUGAAUUUUUUUUUGUUAUAGGAAGGAAAAAUAACGUUAUUCGCAGAAGAUCUCGACGUGUACAUACAAAUUUACCUAGUCAAAGCGAGGAAAACCGUGCAUCCAGAAGAAAUGCAGAUCAAGAUAGAGAAAAUUUUUCUGAUGCAGAGAGAACAGAAGUAUAUGCCACAGCACAAACGUUGCAAAUUGACAUUUCAAAUUUGGAAAGUACACAACAUGAGGAAUCUCGGAUAAUCGAUAUUAUUUCUGAUUCGGAAACUGAUUUUACAAAUACGCAAGACCAACAGAGAGAAAAUUCUUCCAAUAUACAAGGAACAACAGUUACAUAUCCGAGAAUACAAGUGCCACAAACUGAUAAUCCAAGCUUGCAAAGGACACAACAUGAGGAACAUCAAGGAAUAAUCGACAUUGUUUCUGAUUCAGAGACUGAAUUCGUAGAUACGCAAGAUGAGUCAAUAUAUGAGGCUCCGGAUGAUGACUACGGAUAUUGGUAUUCGUCCACAAACACCAAUGAAAGCAGUGCCCGUACAGAAAAUUCUCCAUUUCACACUGUGGAUUGGUCUGGGCAGGACAGUCAAAGUACAUCAAAAGAAACAACUCAAGACAUUUGUACAGUGUGUUAUACUAACGAGCGCACACACAUUUUCAUACCCUGUGGCCAUCUCGCUUGUUGUUUGGAAUGCAUCGAACGUUUAGAAGCUAACCGAUGUCCGAUAUGUAACGUACCUUAUGAUAGCAGUAUUCGAGUUAGAAAACCAUAAGAUUUACUAGUGAUAUAAGUGAUAUUUUUUUCGUAAAAGCAGAAUGGUCUUUAAAAUAUCCAGAUAUUAAAUACCAUAGUAAAAGUAACACGAAUACGGCUAAUAGUGUCACUUAAGCUCUUGUCGUUUAAUGCUCUUGUUGUCUUGCCUGAUGCUUUUCAAUUUUGUUGUAGCUAUUCUAAUGUAACUGUCGACUAAACUUAAUACAAAGACAAAAUUGUUUCACGUUAGAGUUAAGUUACAUUUUGGCAAUAUAUUACAUUUCUAAAGGA